GAGCAGUGGAGAUAACAGCACACCAGGCAGGCAGCCACCCGAACAUCAGAACUCAGCUAUCACAGGCUCUGGCGGCGGGCAUCAGCUGUGCAGGAGAACAGAGUAAUGGCUGAGAUCUCCCCUGAUGUCCUCUGCCAACCAGAUGACAUUUUGGGAAGGGACACUGCUGUCCAGGAAAACCAGAACAACAGGACACCAGUGGACAAUCUAGCACUGAGCUCCACCAACACCGACUUCACCUUCAGCCUCUACAAGGAGCUGGCUUUGAAGAAUCCAGAUAGAAAUGUCGUGUUCUCUCCAUUCAGCAUCUCAAUAGCCUUGGCCAUCCUGUCCCUGGGAGCAAGAAGCAAAACCCUGGAAGAGAUUCUAGGAGGCCUCAAGUUCAGUCUCACAGAGACCCCUGAGGCAGACAUCCACCAGGGCUUUGGGCACCUCCUCCACAUGCUCAGCCAGCCAGGGGACCAGGUGAAGAUCAACACUGGCAGCAUGAUGCUUGUUGAAAAGCGCCUGCAAAUCCUGGCAGAGUUUAAGGAGAAGGCAAGGGCACUGUACCAGGCUGAGGUUUCCACAGCUGACUUCCAGCAGCCUCAUGAGGCCAAAAAGAACAUCAAUGACUAUGUGAACAAACAGACCAAGGGGAAGAUCAAGGAAUUGAUCUCAGACUUGGAUGAGAGGACAGUAAUGGUGCUGGUGAAUUACAUCUACUUUAAAGGGAAAUGGAAGAGGCCCUUUGAGCCUCAUUUCACAUAUGAGUCUGACUUCUACUUGGACAAGAAGAGGUCUGUGAAGGUGCCCAUGAUGCACCAUACAUCUCUGACCACACCCUACUUCUGGGAUGAGGAUCUGUCCUGCUCUGUGGUGGAGCUGAAGUACACAGGCAAUGCCAGUGCCCUGUUUAUCCUCCCUGAUGAGGGCAGGAUGCAGCAGGUGGAAGCCAGCUUACAACCAGAGACCCUGAAGAAAUGGAAGGACUCUCUGAGGUCCAGGAAGAUCGAUGAUCUCUACAUGCCCAAGUUCUCCAUCUCCACUGACUACAGCCUAGAGAACAUCCUUCCACAGCUGGGUAUCAGGGAAGUCUUCUCCACACAGGCUGACCUGUCUGGAAUUGCAGGGGCCAAGGACCUGAGAGUCUCUCAGGUGGUCCACAAGGCUGUGCUGGAUGUGGCUGAGACAGGCACAGAAGCAGCUGCCGCCAUAGGUUGGAGUCCUGUGGGAUCGGCUCUAAUUUUGAACCCUCUGACUAUAAAAUUGAACAGGCCAUUCCUGAUGAUGAUCUCUGACACAAAUACUCAGACUCCACUCUUUAUGGCCAAAGUCACAAAUCCCAAGGAAAAUUAGAACUUCCCAAGUGGUGGGCUUUGUUCCUAGGAGCCACGAAGGUAGCCUAUAUGUUGGUCUCUAUGUGCAUUUUGGCCUCCAUGCUCUGAUUGGCUGUGGCAUGAGUGGAUUAGACAAUAACAGUCUAACUGUAUGACUCCCACAUACACAGGGGACUGGGGACAGUUAGUGUCAGGUUCCCAGUCCUCUUGGCAGCACUGACUCAUGAUCCUGAGUCUGAACUCUGUCUUUGUGGCCCCUCCCUGCUGCCUCUCCUGUAUCUGCCUCUACACAAAAGCCUGGGCCCUGGCAGGUAGGCUCACUCCCUAUCUAGGCUCUGGUUGUCUGCCUUCAGCUUCAGCAGAACUUGAUAGGACUAUGCAAACUUAUAGGCCAAUCUGUAUGGACCUCACCCCAGCACUGAGAAGGGAACCUGCCACCCUGAGUCUAUUUCCAGCAUCUGAGACCAUUGUGUGCCCAGUUCCUGCCUCAAACUUUCCCUCUUCCAGGCUCUGCCACCCACUGUCCCUUACAGGGGCUCCUGACCCUGCCCACAUCUGGCACAGUGUUAGAGCACUCCUUCGUGCAGCUGCAUGGAGCUGGUUGGUCAAACCAGCUCCUUUCCCCCAGUACACCUACUUAGGACACAGGAGACUUUUUCUAGGUGCCCCACUGACCAACCUCACACAACAGAUGGACACCUCCACCUUCCUCACCCAAAAUGUAGGGUUUGGAGCAAAGAAUCAAUAAAAAUAUAACUGCA